UGAGAAAACUCUAUACGACUGAUCUUUCGUUUCGUAAUAUAUAAUGCGGAGGUACGUUGGUAUAGUAAUUAAGUUCCGUUUUGGAUUUAACCGUCGACUUUAACUUAUUUGGCUUAUAUCUGAACAUUAGCGCUAUCUGUAAAUCUAACAUUAAAAUGUACACAGAUGCAGACUUCUCUAAAUGAAUCAACACAGCAAAUUCCAUCAUAUCGACACAUUAUUUUUUAACUGGAUCAAUUAAGGUGUAGUCAUUUUAAUUAGCAAGUGUAGUGUUGUAAUUUCAUUAGUAGACUACCACUUAGAGAAACUGAUCUGAAUAGCACGCUGUCAACAUACAAACUAGUCCAUACUAGUUCCAGUCAAUAACUGUACCAAAGUUAAAUAUAUUAUCAUGGGUCUUAUAUAGCGGUUAUUUAUUAUCCCCAUUUGUUUUCAAGAAUCUUAAGCUACCAUUUGCGCCCGUAAAAUCCUCUUUUAAGAAAAGCACUAUGGUAGAAUACUAUUGCCCCCUCUCCCACUCCCCUCCCAAACGCACUUCUUCCCUAAAUAGUCUCCUCUCAGAACGUAUUUUAAUAAAAUCGUAUAUUUCUUCACUACUAUUUUAAGGUUAACGAAAACGUUGACCUUGGUAUACGUGAAAUGAAAUUAUGGGGGUUUAACGUCCUACUGUUCUGCCCCGACAGGGCUAAUGAAAAAGAGCAUACGCCAUGCAGUGUACUGUCGUGGAAAUUUUGCCAGGACUGUUGUGAAUAUAUGUUUAGUUUAGUAUAUUUUAUUGUUCAUAUUCUGUUAUCCUCAGUUGCAGGAUUGUCAUUUAAUGAGGGGUGGCUAAUCUUUCCGCGGUUUUUGUAAGCGCAUGACUAUUACACUGUGUUAUACCGCCAUCUUUCCAGAACAAUUGUCCAUCCAAUUUCUGUUGAUCAUGAUUAUGUGAUUUCUAUAGUUCAGAGAUAAAACCCUUCAGAAUAUUUGUUUCUUGUUCCUAUCUGAUAUCGACAUAAUGAGUUAAAACUAUCAAGAGAAUAACAUAUACAUGUAUUACUGAAAUUUAUCGCUUGAACUUUUUCCCCCUUGAACUAAUUCGAAUUAUUUCUUCAGUGAGUCUUUUACAUGCAUGCAUAUGUGUACAAGGGAUCUUGGCUUUUCGUCCACCCGAACUACUGUCACUUUUCAGGCCCUCUGUCCUGCAGCACUGAUAAGGGGAACCAUUCCGAAAAAUCACGAACAUCCUCGAGCGAAACUGGGAUCAAACACUGGACCUCCAGGUUACUGAACCAAUGUUUUACUCGCUGAGUAAAUAAUAUUAACCACUCACCUCAUUCAAUUUUCGGUGGGGUGAGGGGUGGGGGCAGAAAGGAGUAAUGCCCCAAAUCAAGUAGUCAUAAUAUGGCCAGGUGGGAAGUUCAACAAUUUUCGAUAGCUUUUAGUCAUGCUCUGUAUGACAUACCCCAUACUAAUGGGGAUUUGGUAUCAUUAUUUAUUUGUGUGCGAAGAGAUUGUAAAACAUUGUUCCUAGAGAAUCUGAUACCACUACCCGCCGUAGUCCACAUCGUCAAGUAGCUCUUGUAAUUCUGUGUUUGAACCAAUGGGCUAGUGACUCUGGAGGCCCACAGUUCGGUUUCUAAAAUCGAGGUCCAAACUAUCACUCCAGUCAUCUAUUAGUAACACCUGAACAAUUCUCAUACCGUUUCUUCGACUGUAUAUACUUGAAUAUUCAGAACAGUAUAUAUGCUGAAUUUGUCAUUAUUGUUACUAAUUCUAUUUGAUACCAGGUGUCACGGUGGCUCAGUGAGUUAGUUGUUGAGUCGCACUUGGAGGUUCCGUGUUCGAUCCCUGUGUUGACCGAGAAAGACCGUAAAAUAAUCCACGGCAGUUGUAAUUUGAUAUAAGAGUAGGCCGUGCGCAAUAUUUCCCCUUGUGGUACACUCCAUGGUGUAUGCCUGUCUUCAUUGGCCCAGUCGAAACAGACAUGGUACCAACAUUAUUUUUAUUUAUUUAUUUAUUCACCUUUCUACAAAAAGUUAAGGGUUUCUACUAUAUAGUGCUGGCAACAAGUCCGGGGUUAGGUGGUGAGUGGUCUAAUGCGUGGUUUUUUAGAUCAUAUAGCCUCAGCUUGUACGUGGCAAGGAGUAUGAUCGACUGUGCCUGUCCAACCUCGUGGGUUUUCUCUGGUUUCCUCACACUGCUAAAGACCCUUACACGCAGGUAAAUUAUUGAAAUGUAAUUAAGCCGUAUAUUAGUCCCGAAAUACCUAGUUUGUGUCGAGUGGGCAUUUCUCCCCCUUUAUAUCGGACAUAAUAAGUCGAUAACACGACGUUGCACCAUUUAGAAAAACACAGAUUCGAUAAGCCACCUUCUGUAAAACAUUAUUAUACGCAUGACUCAUAAACUGUACGUAACUAUGUUAACAAAAAAAUAUAUAUAUUGAUCGUGACAGCAACAGACCGUUUUCACGCCUACAGCUGGGUAUUUCUAAGAAUUCAACAUCAAUUCAGGGAUUUCCAUAUUUUUUACAGACGACCGCGUCAUCGCACCUUCCAUUAUUCGGCACCGGGAGGUAGAGUUGAACAAUUGUUAUAUGGGUAAUUAGACAUUUUAUUAUGUUCAUCGUUAUGUGUAUGGGUUUCGAUGUCACAGUACAUGUAUAGAAAGCCACGUACCUGAAUUUGUUAACGAUAAAUAGGGUUCACAUUAAAGAUAAGAUCUGUAUAUGACUAUCUGAUCUCCCUAUGAAUAGACUGGUCCUCUUUAAAUACUGGGAGAUACAUGUAAAUAGAAUUACACAAGAUCGUCUGCAGACUGCAAAUUUUAUAUUUCACUUUUACAUUCGUAUGUAAGGAUUUUCUUUCUAAAUUCCAAUAGACCAGGAGUCCGCCAUCAAAAUAAAAUAAGAAUGAAGAUAUUGGUAUUAAUAUCCCUGUUAAUUGUCCAGUCUAAAGCUAAACUCUGUCCUUCAAGAUGUUUCUGCAGUAAAGACUUAUCCACGGUGAAUUGUUCUGGUAAGAAAAUGACAAACUUCCCGAGUAACAUACCUUUAGCUGUUAAAAAACUGAUUUUAGACCACAACCUAAUCACAGAAAUACCAGUUGGGCCUCUGAAGAACCUCUUCAGUUUAAGUCUUCUGGAUCUAAGAAACAACAAAAUAAACACAAUAGAACCGGGCGCCUUCCUGGACUGUGGACAACUUCAGCAGCUUUAUCUUGUGACUAAUAAAUUCACAUCAGUAAAGAAAGGCGCCUUCAACGGGGCAAAUUCAUUAUUCUACUUGUCCAUGUCGGCCAACAGACUAAGCGUUAUACCACCACUUGGACCGCUGAAAAACUUAGCAUCCCUCGUUUUGGAAGGCAAUCAAAUAAGUGAUGCCACUUUCCCAACGGAAUUCCUUCAACUGAAAAAGCUCAGAGACGUAAUAUUGAGCAAUAACCCAAUUGGAAAUUUGCUGAACACUACUUUUUCAAAUCUACGUAAUUCGUCAGUUCAAAAAUUGGAAAUUGCCAGGUCGCAGAUAUCCAAAGUUGAUCCCGCAACUUUUUCAUAUUUGACUCAAAUAAAAUCUUUGAAAAUAGGAUACAAUCCUUUAAAUAAAUGGCAAUUGAAGAAUAUAAUGGCUGGACUUCGAAACUCGCCAAUUAUAAGUAUAGACAUUCGUAAUAUUAGUUUAGGUGGAAGUUUACCAGCAGAAACAUUUUCCUGGAUGGAGAAAAUUAACGACCUUAGCCUCCGUAAUAACCGAAUACAGAGUAUUCAACAGAUGGCCUUUGUUAAUCUGCCAAAACUCUUGCAAAUAGACUUGACUGCAUGCAACAUCAUGAGUAUAGAUCCCGAGGCCUUUUACAAUCUAUCAUCCAUACAACGAAUAUUUCUAACAGAUAACAAAUUAACGUCUGUUCCGAAAGGUUUGCCGCCUUCACUGCAGAUGCUGCAUCUGGAGAAGAAUCAGUUGACUGCUAUUAAAAAUGAUGACUUUGCCAAUUCCACAUCUUUACUGGAACUUUAUCUUGGUACUAAUAAAAUUCACGUCUUACAGGAAAACUCUUUUGCUGGUCUUAAUCGCUUAAACAGACUUCAUCUACAGGAAAACAGAAUUGCCAACCUACCUGGAAGCUUGUUUGGUAAUUUAGGUCGACUUAUAUCUCUUUCCUUGAACAAAAACAACUUAAAAACCAUCCAGGAUCAUUCUAGCACGUUUGAUCCCCUCGUUUCCUUAACAUACCUUGGCCUUGUCGAUAACCAGUGUUCAUAUUUGCCACUGCCACUAUUCAAUCAGCUGACGUCGUUGGUAUUUCUAGAACUGUCAAAUAAUAACCUUGGCAGCCUUAUAAGUGCCGAUUCCAAUGGGCAGCUAUUUGCCGGACUCUCGAAACUGGAAAGACUAGACUUAGAUGGCAACCAGAUUUCAACUGUUCAUGAUUCGAUGUUAAGAGAACUUGUAUCUUUAAAAAAUCUAUCGCUUGCUAGAAAUGAAAUAUCACACUGGGGAGAACACUUAUUUACAAAAACUCAGCAGCUUCGUGGAUUAAACUUGAGCUACAACUUGAUAACUUUGAUUAACCAAACAUCACUAAAAGAUCUCAAUUAUCUCAAAGUAUUUGAUCUAAGGAAGUCACCUUUUGACUGCUCGUGUGAUUUGCGAUGGUUCAGAAAUUGGAUAAAUCAUACCCAGGUUAUUUUACCUGAUUUGCCAAAUUGGACUUGUGCGGCCCCGACUUCUUGGCAAGGUAAAUCACUCCUGUCAUUCAAAGCUUCUAAAAUUGAUUGCAGAAACUGGACUUUGUAUUAUAUUUUGAGUGGUGCUGGGGUCGGAUUAGUUCUUAGCACACUCAUCAUGAUGAUACUCUAUCGUUACAGAUGGUUCGUAUCCUUCCGCCUAUAUAGAGCUUGGAAAUUUGUAAAGGGCACAACAAAUACUGAUUUUCGGGGAUAUGAGGCUAUUCCAGGAGAGGACAAACACUAUGACGUGUAUAUAUCAUGUGCACCAGAGGAUAACGUUUGGGUGAUAGAGAAGUUGUUGCCGCGAAUUGAUAAUGGCAAGAUCAAUGAAAGAGAAUUUCAGGGAAACUUUAAUGUGUGUUUUAGUGUAAGAGAUUUCGAACCCCACCUGUCAGUCGUCAGCUGCAUAAAUCGACAUCUGACAUCGAGUCGACGUGCAUUUAUUAUUCUAUCCAAACAUUACUGUCAAGACAGACGUUGUGAGUUCGAAUUGCAUAAUAUUAUGGCGGCUGUUUCCGAAGGGGAUAUCGAAGACUAUACCGUUAUAGUCGUAGGAAAACUACCCAUUAAAUAUGUACCAAAGCUUUUAAGAAAAACAAUUGAAAAACAUCAUUAUAUAGAAUAUCCUAACGCCAACACCGUGGAAGACGAGUUUAUUGAAAAGGUUGGUGAUAUUUUAGAAAGUAGAAAUAAUGCGCGUGGUAACGUGAUUAAUUGAAUAUAUGUAUUCUGUUACAGAUUUGCAUUUAUUAGGUUUGAAAAGAUUUACAUUUUGUAUAUUGCAUUAUUGUAAGUGGAUCUAUAUUGUUCUCACAGCUUUCCGAGCAUUCGUCUGCAUGACGCCCCGUCCUUUCGUUCACAUAUUUUGUGGGCGAGCAAACAGUAAGAAUCUUUUUUACUUAACUUUAUAUGUUGCCCGCGGAUGUUUGUGGUUAUAUCAUAGAGAUGUGCACUGUACAAAAAUAUGGAUAUUGACCUUACUUCGCAUAUUUGUUGAGAAAAAAUAUUUUGACCUACACCUUGAACCUUUGUUUGCAAACAUCAUGUUUUGGUUAAGAUGCAACCCCCCCCCCCCCCCACACACACACAAAACAACAAAAAACAAAAAUGGUUGAAUGCAACAUUUGUUGUCACUCGACUCGGCAAACCUCGACCGUUCCGGUACCCUACAUCUAGCCCGGCUGUAUGAAGGUAAGUGAUAUGUGCCUACAUGAGGCUAUCGGUUACUUAUUAGGAAAACUUGCCGCUUUUAGAAAGAAGUUCAAAAAAUGCAUCGUUCGCAGAGUGUGUAGAGUUUUCAUUGCAAAGUUUCCUUUGUUUAAAGAAAAUCGGAUACACUUAAAAAAAACCCAGCUUUAGACAUUGAAAGCUUUGUAUGAUAAAACACUCUUCUCCGGCGUCUUCUUGUACGCCGCCAUUUGCAAUCUUGAAAACAGCGCCAAUGGAUCAAGAAUUUGAUGUCAAGGAAUUUUGGUUACAUCUCAAAAUAAUUUUUCUCUCCAAUGUUUUAAUGUUGCAAAAGAAAUGAAAGUUGUUUGAGGGGCUAUAAUUUGUACUUAUCUCAUGUGUAAACCUGAGAUUUUUAUAUUAAAUUUUGAUGAAACAUUGACGAGAAAUUAUUUUGGGAUGCAACAAAAAUUCCAUGACAUCAAAUUCUUGAUCAAUGGCGGAAUUCGUCAUACAGCCGAGGCUAGGAUGUACACUGGAGUCUACUGAGGUUUGUCCAGUGCAUUUGUUGUAUCAUGUUAAAUGACUAAUCAGAAAGCAGUUUCAAAUCAUGUGAUCAUCCAACUUGGUAGACGUUUACUGCGUUAUUCAAAAAGAGGCACUCUGAUUGGCGGUAAAUUUCCAUCCAGUUUCUGUUACAAGUUUGGAAUUACACAUUCAAUCAUAUGCUUGGCGGUGUUGUCAAUCUGGCACAAACAAAUAGUACCGGUAUAUCAAACUUGUCUUAUGAUGUUUUCUGACAACAAAUUGAUAGUGUACAGUACACUGGGAUAAUUAGGCCUAUCUCUUAGGUUAUAUUUCGAAGUACAGUGCAAACUCCUAUUAUUAAGACUUUUAGCUGCAUUUUUCUAGAAUAUAUUUGUAAGUGUGUAUUAUUAAUGAACAUGCGACUGUUGAUUCAUAAGGCGAAGGUCAUUCGUGUUUUUGUACUAAACAGUAAGCAAAUACACCCCGCCUCGGUAAAUCCCACAUCCGUUUAAAUGUCAAUGGCAUGUAGUUUACAACAAGUAGAUGCAAAUGUUUUCCCAUUAACUCGUGAUUUACAUGGCGAUGAGUGUACAUAUUUAUUUAUAAUAUAGCUGCACAUAAAAGUUCGGAUUUUGCUUACUUUCAUUUUCGUUUUGCUUGAAAUUUAUGUGUGCUGAACCAAAUACGAUUGUAUCAAAUGAUCUCUUGAAUCCUCCAAAGUUCCUGUCUGAUUACCCCUUGUCAGUAGUGCGGGGUAGGGGGUAGGCAAAGAAAGGUAUCUAGUCUUUCGAAUAGGACAGAAACUGGAUCCACUGUGUACUCGUUGGUGUACAUGUAAAAGAUCAAUUAUCAGUUCGAAUUCGAUGAAGGGUGGGUAGCCAUCCGGGUAAAAUUGACACAGAAUAGUAGAACGUUGAACCACAUUAUUAUUUUCAGUUUAUUUAAUUUUACAUUUAUCAUUUUGCACUAACAAUACUUAACUUGUUUUUCACUCAGUCACAUUUUGAGGUACUUGUAUAUAAGACUUUCCCUUUCAUAUUCGAUGUAUUAAAUUAUUAUAAAUUGUUGAGAAUUAUAGUACGUUGCAUUCAGAUUUUAAAUGUAUGUGUCAUUUAUGCUGUACAUUGAAUAUUGAUCGGCCUAGAUAAUAAACAGCGUUAACUUUUA